UAAUGAUAUGAACCAUGAUACAACAACUUAACAGUGUCAUGGAUAUGAACGCGAUUUUUAUGAACGUGUAUUUUAAAUAUCAGCGGGUAACACAACGCAUGUGCGUUUCUAUGGAGUCACAUCGGAUUCUAUAGGCGAGCGUUUGAGCACAUUACAUUAUUUUCUGUAGUUUAUAGCUAGGUUAUUUUUGUUCGGGGCCCACUGGGAAAAAUAAUGGCCACAAAGGGCCCCUCGUAUACCCCAAUUGGCACGGAUGGAACGGAUCAUGCCUACAGACAAAGAAUUGCGGCCCAAUAUCAAAUUAGCGCUCUAAAUAAAUCAAGGCUAAAAUAUUGUAUAUUUUUUCAUUAUUUGCUGUUUUUUGGAAUGCUAGCCAAACUAUCUGCCGAUAUUUUAGACAGAUUAGACAUUUUUAUAUUAGAAAUCGAAGAGCUUAGCAUUCCUGCGCCGUUACUGUGGGAGUAUGUGUGGUGUAUUAGUUUACUCGUUUCGUUCCUCGGACUAGCCUCAAUUAGAAAGAACCGCGUGAAACCGAUGCAGCAGUACAUAAUCGGAAUAAUCAUAUUCGGAUAUUUGCCCCUAUUAUUUGGAAUCGUUUACUAUUGCAGUCAGGUUUGGACGUACUUAACAUCACAAGAUGCUGACGAAUUGGAGAAAAUUCAAAUGUGGCAGGGUUACCCUUACGGACUAUUGUGGUACGGCUUUAUUUUGCUAGCGUUACAAGUUCACUUCUUUUCGUUAUACUUUGCCUGGAAUCUAAUUAACGCCUGGAAGUUUCGAGGAGUACGAAAAAUGGAAUAAAUAGGUACUUAUGUAGUGCAAUUGCGAGUUAGUAGUCGGCUUGUCGCUGGCUUAAGUGGAAUCUUUUUAAUUCAAACGUCGUGGCCAUUCGAAUUUAAUCAACAAAUUAAAUUUGUAUAGUGGUUCAGUUGAUCUUGAAUUAAUCAGAAUCCCCCCAAUUAUGUAAAUAUUCUUCCAGUUUUUUUUUUAUAUUUUCACCAGACCAUGUAAUUUCUAUUUUUGUAAUAUUUUUCAAGGUCCUGAACCAUAUAUCACUACUGCCUCUUGGUAAAAUCUAGGUAACAAGGUAUAACCUUAUUUAAAAAAAAUAAAAAUCAGUUUACGAGUAGAAAAUUGGGAGUAAAGAAUACAGUGGAAAAUUAGUUUUCCAUAAUUCAAAAAAAAUCUCAACUGCAAUUGUCAUUUUUUUUUAAAUUUUAAAAUAAUUUGUGUAAACGCGGAAAUGUAUUUUUAACACAAAUAAAUAAUUAUAUUUUAUUAUUAUUAUUAAACAUUUUGAGGGCUCUUUUUCUGCACAUUGUAGUUAAAACAUAAUGCCAAAUAUAAGAAUGUGAUAUUUAAAAAAUUCAAUAGGAAUGAUGUAGUUAUUCUUUUGAAAUAAUAGAUCAUCCAUAACAUAUAGUGCGCUGUAAGUAGAAUUGGCACUGUUGCUAAUAGGAAUAACUCACUAAAACUACAAAAAAAA